CGGGACGCGCACAGUUAACGUCUCCAUGUUAACUCAUUGAUGGCGGACACAGACGACCACAGUCAGCUAAUGAAAAGGUUUUAUUUGGACUAAACUGCGUUGCCUCCCACCGUCUUCCCAUCAUCCCCUGCAUGUCUGACUGAAGUGAUAUCAUCAUAAGGAUGAAGAUGAAGAUGAGGAGGAGGAGGAGGAGGAGGGGGAUGCAGUCAGUCCUCUGAUCUUCGUCCGUCUGUAUGGAGGAUGUGGUUCUGCACUAUCAGCCUGGAUCAGCUGACGGUCUCGGCUCUCUGUUAGAGAAGACACAGAAGCUUCUGGAGCCUUUUCCCUGUCGGCCUCCUCCGGUCUUCACCCCCUGGUUCCCCGCCGCCGCCGCCGCAGGAAGCAACCUGCCCAUCAGACCCGCCAAACCGCCUCCUAUCAUCACCGCCUCGGAUCAGAUCCUCUCCUCUGACAGCCGGCCGCACGCUCACACAGCGGAGGCCGUGACCGAACCCCUCGCAGAAAUCAAACUACAAAAACCCAAAGUCGACAACUGUCUCGCCGAAAGACGUCAUGGUCGUCCACACGCAGAGGCCACCAGAGCGCCCGGAGACGGCGUCUGCGUGUCAGAAAACGUUCCUCCGGCUUCGCUCUUUAACAGACCAGAUGGAGAGGUCACCAGACCGUCUCCUGACAAACACGGAGACGGCGUCUCCAUCACAGACUCGCCGGUCAAACGGUCCUGGAGCGUCUCUGCACAGAAAAGUGUCCCGCUGCAGAGCUCGCAGUCGCUGUCCAAACGGUACCGUCACAUGGUUUCCGUCCACAGUCUCCACCUCCGCCAGAGGGUCAGAUGGGUAAUCGGUCAGCACAACUGCGGGGAGGCGAAGGACAUCGAACAGGUGUGGCGAGCUCUGAACCGGUUCGUCCGGAGCUCCAGACUGCCGACGUGCAACGCCAACAUCCAGAGGGAGCGGGCGGAGAUCUGGGUGUUCUGCGACGUCCUCUGCUCCGAGCAGGUGGGACGUUUCCUGAAGGACGAGCUGCGGCUGUCGGGGAGGAUCAGCCUGGCGGUUCACAGACUGGGAGACGUCUUCAGCAUGUAGAGGAGAACCACAGACUCACGUUAUCUCAGAUGAACAUGUUUACUGGUCCAGAUGUUGUGAUCACACUCAGCAUUUGAGGAAAAAACAUUAUGUACUGACAAUCUCUUCAUUAUAACAAUGUGAAUACACACUUUACACACCAUUGACGUCACUGUAAAUAUGAUCUCAGUGAUGAGUUUUUUCUCUUCUGCUUGAGAAGUUUAACAUCCUCAAUAACACGCAGACGAUACAGUCGGGGGGGAAAGUUAGAUAAUCCAAAACCCUUUUAUCAAUACUUUGUUGGGACCUGAUCAGGUGGUAAAACUCACACCAGGAGCUGCUGCUCUGAGAGUCCAACAUCAAACAUUUUCAACACACAAAAACAGACAAACAAUAAGAGGCGACACAUAAAAGUUGAGCUGCAACGAUCAGCUGACUAGUCGUUUGGAACAAAAAUGACAAACAUUCACUGGCUCCGGCUUCCAAAAUGUGAAUAUUUUCUUACUCUUCUAUGAUAAUAAACCGUUAUCUUAUCAUUAUCUUUAGGUUUCAGACAUUCUGAAGAGUAACGUGGGAUUGACAGUCGUCACAAUUCGCUGACAUUUAACGGACUACACGAAUAAUUAAUUAAAGAGAAAACAUUUACAUUGUGGCUGUGAUGAACAGUGUAGCCUGUAGGGGGCGCUAACAGCAUAAUAUCAAUAUUAUUUUCACAUUUUAACAACAACAAUGUGAAAGUUAAUGUGUGCAGACCUUUUUUACACAUAAUCAGAAAUUCAGCCUACAUACAAUAUUUAUUAAGCUAGUGAAUAGAAAACCUCUAAAGUGCUGUUUAAUUUUGAUCUUUUUUUUUUUUUUUUUCAU